UUGAAGGUCUUUUACAUGAAAAGUUUCAACAGCUCUUGAAGUAACCAAGUCAUUACCAUCACCAAGCUCCUCUCUCAACCUGAGGUGCACGACCUGAUCACAGACAAGGAGCACAUAUAUACGGAUAUAUACAAUAGCUGUCUGUCUCUUUAAGACUGUGUCGAGAAGUUCAAGUCAGGGUCACUCGAAGUUCUUGCCCUCGAUUUUACCUUUAAGUUUUAUUAUAGACUGACAUCACACGGGGCGCUAAAACACUUAAGGCGCAUAGAGGCUCCAUUAUCAUCCCGGUGCGCGUUAUUGCCCCGACUCAAAAAUAGCUAAGGAAAUUACAAGAAAAAAAAAGAAAAAAAAAAGAAAACCACGGGAGGAAACUGAUGCUGGUCUGAGCACGUAUUUUUUUUCCUUUAAUAGGAGGGGAUGAGAAAGAGGAGGAGAGGAGGGGCAGAAGACGGGGAGAGAAAGGAAAGUGGGUGGGAGGACGGACCUUAAGGAGCGACAAGAAAUUCAUAUCAAUUAAUAAUCAUUAAAAAAAAAAGAGCUGGCAGACGCGCUCGGAAAACUGGCAUGGUUUUGUUGGAGGCUGGCAGUUCAAAGCUGAAACGUCAGAUAUGACUCCUGGAGGCUGCUGAGAUGAUCAUUAAGGGAGACUUAGAUCGGAUGGCAGAAGACAUCGGGCAUGCAGGUGGCGGACUGAAGACGAUGCUGGAUGCCAUGGAAGUUCCAAGUCAUGCUAGGGAUCUCCUCCUGCAGCUCAACAGCCAGCGCACCAAGGGCUUCCUGUGUGAUGUCAUCAUUGUGGUGCAGAAUGCCCUUUUCAGAGCUCACAAGAACAUUCUGGCUGCCAGCAGUCUCUACUUGAAAUCGUUGGUGGUCCAUGACAAUCUCAUCAACCUUGACCACGAGAUGGUGAGUCCAGGGGUCUUCAGGGUCAUUCUGGACUACAUCUACACUGGCCGCCUCGCUGAGGGAGACCCCGCUUCUCCCACUGAACCCAAUCUAGGGGCUGUCUUGGCAGCAGCUAGCUACCUUCAGCUGCUUGACUUGGUGGCUUUGUGCAAAAAGAAGCUGAAAAGACAUGGCAAGUACCCUCCCCGCCUAGGCCCUGCAUUUCUGCCGUAUCCAAAGAUGGGACCCAAUAGUAUGGGGUUAGGGAGUGGUGGCAGGUAUAGGGUUUCUACUCCUGUCAUUCAGCCCUGCCCUCCAGGAGGAAUUUUGAAUAGCCAUGCACCCCGGGCAACACCACCAGAUGAAUUAGUUCCCCAUCGAUUGGCCAUCCAUGCUGGGGAGUUGUAUGCUCCCACCUCCACCCAGGGCUCUCAGGUGUUCCCUUCCCUGCAGUCAGUUCUGCCUGCCCAACUUGGGCGUUCAACCCACUCGGAGAGGAACUGCUCCCCCAACUAUGGCCUUGAUCUCUCUAAGAAAAGCCCAAACUCCCUGUCUCAGCACACAUCCUCUCACUCCCAUCUGGCAAACACUCACAAUGACGAGGAGCGAGACGAGACUCUGAGCAGCCGCACUAGCCCCAUGCAGGGGAUGAAUGGCAGGGCCUUCCCUUCUGAAAAAAUGGAGUCCACUGACCAGAGAAGCUCCCUCACUCCUCCACCAUUCCACCACCUCAACCAGUCUCUUGGGCCGCAACUUCCCCACCUGCACCGCUCAGGCUCCCAGGGCACAGAUCGCUACCCAUGCCCCCCCAGCCCGGACACUCCCACGGAAGGUGGUGAGGCAGGUAGAGAAAUGGGCAACAUCUACCGCUGGGUGAAACAUGAGCCACUGUCGUAUACAGCUGAAGAUGAAGAUGAAGAUGAGGAUGAGGACGAGGGGGGUGAAAAUGGAGACCAGCAUCACAACCACCACAAGGUUGGGGAGGAGAGUGAAGGAGCAGACGACAAGAGCGGGUCAGGCACCGAGGAGACAGGCAGCAGUGAAGGCCGCCCCUCCCCUCCUGGACCAAUGGGAAGGUUCCACAUGCCAUAUGAGCCAGAGAGCUUCGGGGACAACCUGUAUGUCUGCAUUCCCUGUGACAAAGGCUUCCCGAGCUCAGAGCAGCUCAAUGCACACGUGGAGACACACACAGAGGAGGAGCUGUACGGCAACUCUGGUGGGGAGAUGGGAAACAGCAAUAACAGCAGCAGCAAAAACACGAGCAGUAAUACGAAUGGCUAUGGGAGCAUGAAUAGCAGCAACAGCCUGAACAGUCUGUCCCAUCUAGAGUCCAAGUCGAGACAGGGGCUGAGUUCAGGGGGGAUCGGGGAGAUGAUCCGGCCCUACCGCUGUUCCAGCUGUGAGAAGUCCUACAAAGAUCCAGCCACUCUGAGGCAGCAUGAGAAGACCCACUGGCUGACACGGCCGUACCCUUGCAGCAUCUGUGGCAAGAAGUUCACGCAGCGUGGUACUAUGACGCGCCACAUGCGCAGCCACCUGGGCCUUAAACCUUUUGCCUGCGACUCCUGUGGCAUGCGCUUCACCCGCCAAUAUCGCCUCACUGAGCACAUGCGCAUCCACUCUGGGGAAAAGCCCUAUGAAUGUCAGGUGUGUGGCGGAAAGUUUGCCCAGCAGCGCAACCUCAUCAGCCACAUGAAGAUGCAUAGCAGUGGAGGGAGUGCGGGUGGCCUGACUGCAGAUCUGAAACUGAAGCUGGACUUUGCAGAGGGCAUCUAUCCUCUGAGUAAAUACACAGCAGAGCACCUCGGGCUGAAGCAGGAGAAGAUCAACGAACUGCACCUCCAAGCCCAGCAGCAACUGGUAGCUGACGGAAAGGUCAUGGAGAGCCUCUACCCACUGUCCAAACUGGCCGCGGAGCACCUGGGCCUCACCCACGACAAGAUGGAUGUCCUGGGCCAACCCCUGCCCCCCCCUCCACAGGCCCUGUCAGACGGCCACACCAUUGAGCGCUACUCACCCAGCUAAGACAUGUGACCUGUAUAAAUGGCAGUCACCAAUAGGUCUGUGUGCACACACAACUCGCAGUAUUCCAAAGCCAUUCACCUCAACUCAAUAUCCUCCUCUGCACCUCAGACUCAGGCCAAAAGAAAUUGGUCAGCUAAUGCACACCAAGACGUUUAGACUGUAAGUGCCUUUCUAUGCAUCUAAUGUAUCUUAAAGUGCUCCUUCAUAAAGGAAGUCUGUGCUAUUCCACGACCAAGGACACUCACUCAGAGAAGUACAGUAUUUAUGUACAGCGUAUGCAAAGAAACAUUUCUUUUUUUUAUUUCAGCCAUUGAGCCAAAGUGACAAAUUGAAAACCAAAAUGAAAAUUGUUUUAUUUAUUUUUGUAUCAUGGUGAAAUCCAAAGAGAAACUGUUGCAAGGAAAUAUUGCAAUCAGACCCUAAACCUGUGUAUUAAUAAUUAUCACCUGUGUACAAGAAAGGAAAAAGCACAUAAGGACAUGAUUCAGGGUUUGUGUCCAGACCUGAGCGGAACUUUUAUCAAAUGAAUAAACCAGCUCUUCUGGACUUUAAAGUAAUUGGAGGAUAUAUUUCUUUUUCUUAUUUUUUUUUCUCUUUUCUAUUUUUUUGGGGUACUGGACAAUUUAUGUAUCUGACCUUCCAGCUUCUCCCCGCCAUGUUCCCGCUUCCCAAAUCGCAAGGAAAUAACUCAACAAUGAGAGCGAUUGCUUCAGCAUUUCGGUAAAGUCUCCUCUGCUUUUACUUUCUCCACAUUUUUUAAGUAACCCACUCCCCCACAUAUUUGUGUGGAUAAAGGCACAUACUAUGUGACAGCAGUCGUAGCUUAACCAGCCUUACACCCCCCUUUAACUCAAACUUCCUGUGCAUCUUGACUUCAGCUUUCAAUUGUUAUUGAGAUGCAGCAAGCACAGCCCUGUGAUCUCAUAACUGGGACAUGAUUGCACAUACCCAACUGAUGACACACUAAUCCCUGCUCAUGAUGAGUGUAGUUUCAGACGAAGCAUUGGGUGUUGCCUCUGGCAUUGAGUAAUAUUUACAGUUACAGAUGCAACUGAGGCAGGCAGCAGAGGCAAGGACCAGAUCACGAGUUAAUGACACCGAAAUCUGUCAAGAGCAAUUACUCCAUUCACAGCAGUCUGAUGAUUAAUGGCGGAGCGGCAGUAGUCGAAUGCUGCGUUUGGACGCCGCUCUGAUCCACUGUCCGACCUCUCACUUGACCUCCCUCCCCUGUAGUCUUUUGUGUCUGGGAGCCCUGCUACUGUUGACAGACCAAAGUGAAUACUGCUCGAAGCCCUUUGCCUUAAAAGUGCUCCACACACCACACGCACACUUGCUCCCCCUCCACACACACACACACACACACACACACACACACACACACACACACACACACACACACACACACACACACACACACACACACACACACACACACACACACACACACACACACACACGCACAUGCACACACAUGCACACACACGCGUGGAGCUGCUAAACUGUCAGUCAUAUGAAAGUAAGAAGGGGUUUGUGUGUCUUCCCUGGAAGCCACCGGGGGAACAGCACACCCCAGCUGCUGUGGCUCAGUAAUCCCUGUGAAAUCUCACUUUCUCCUGGACAAUUUGACACUGCUCGCCAGCAUGAUGUCCCAUUUCAUGCCUGCCAUCUUACCCCUCUGAUCCGCUUAUCGACAUCACAUCCCGGCUUAGCAAGUGUCUACCCCCCGGCCUCGCCUCCUCUCCCCGCUAGUAUCAAAUGUGGAAACAAAGAAUGACACGUUUCUGUGUUGGCUGACCAGCAGUUCCUCCAGCUUGACAAACAAAAGAGCACUUAAAGGUUGUGGGUUGAAGGCACAUUCUUGUCUUUGAAUGUUUAUUCCAAAGAACACGCUGCCCUUUUCUGUUUUUUAUUUUUCCACUCUAACUGGUCCUUGAUUCAGAUUAGACAUGUCUGACCACUAAAGUGCCAAUGCCAACCUCAGUGGGUGAAUGUGAAGACUAAAGCCAUAAAUACACUGUGAUAGACGUAGUGAAUCCUAAAGGCUUAAGAAAAAAAAAACAUAGACAAUGUGCCUGACUUUUGGGGAUUGUUUUAAAUGUUACAAUAAUUUAAGGGCUUAUUUUCUGUAGCAUAUGACCAUAUCAAACAUGUUGUUUCCUGUCAAUGACUUUUUCUUUACUUCAUUUUGAUUUGAACUGAAAGCAGCGCAUGUGAAACUGGUGCUUACCUCAGGACUGAUCCCAGCAUGGGGAAUGCUAAGCUUUAGUAAACUCCGAAAUAAAAUAAAAUAUCAUCACACAUACACCGACACUCAUGCACACUUUUUUAACUUUUCUUUUCUUGUUAACAGGGCAGUGGUUCUGUGUUAAACCUGUGGUUAUUUCUGUGUUUAUACAUUUCUUGUUAUAGUUUUAUGGUGGAGAGAUAACAUGUGAUAUUAACAUUUUUUGUUUUUGUUUUUUUUACUAUGCGGUAUAAAUGUUCUAUUGUGCGUCGUCCUCAAAGAGGCUUGUGUCGGUCUGACCAAUUCCAUUGUUAUUACACAAGGCAGAGUCGUUUUGACAGUAUCUUUACUGGCUGUUUGUGAAUUUCUGAACCACAUUUUAGUGAGCAUGAUGGCUUUGAUUUUUUAUUUCAACCACACAUAAAGUCUAGGUGAUGAGUGCAGUGUUUUAAAGUGUCUGUUUGCCCACAAGACACGAUGUAGUUCCCUAAACAGACAAGCAGUGGCUUUUCUGGGCAAGUAUGAACAGAAACAACCCUUGUAGUGUUUGACCUCUUGUCUCCAGAGGUCAGUGAACUUUUAUGAGAGUCAGGCUGAGGUCGUACAUGCACACAAGCGCACAGGAAGCCCGCUUGUUCUCCUUGAUGCGUCAAGUUUUGGGACUCUUGUUGUUAAGCUCUGUAACCCCCAGAAAGAGGAAAGAAUAACGUAAGUCAAACAUUAUUAACAGUAGGAACUCAGUCCACAAACAUGUGCAUACGUGUUAGAAAUUCAGGAGCAGGCGGAUGUCAGCCGUGGGAAUUUCAGUCUUCUCACUCCCUCUCAUUCACUCGUUUAAAUGAAAAUCUGUCUCCUCCUUUCCCUGCCUUACACCCUUAAAAUAACAUUAAUGGUUUCCACUGUCACUCCUGCACAGAUUGUGCAGGAGGGAAGAGCAAGAUAAUGCCUGAGCAUUUCUGUAGGAUGUGCAACUCUUUGCAACUUGUUUGAUUUUGUUAGACGUGUGACAGACGGAGGGCAGAGGUUGUGUAUCUAUAGACAGGGGAAGCAUUUUCUUGUCUCUUUGUGUGUUCCCUAUGCUAUUUAAGCAUAUAAGGCGCUGCUAAUGCAUGUCCUGGGAAUAGGGCUGGUGUGAAGGAGAAGAGCCGAGGAGCAGGAAGUGAACUUUUGGCUGGUGCGUUGUGUGGAGCAGGAUGUGCCGUGUGUUUCUGCUCAGAGGCAGAUAGAGAGACGGAGGAUGGGGAGGGAGAGGAGCAGGGCGAGCGCAGCAGGGUGGGCCAUUGUCUCAGUAUAUGAAAGCCUGUUCGUACUUCUAAAACUCUCCAUUCACAAAACAAGUAGACUGUAUCUUCUCUUUUCCUUCCCCUCUCUGCUCUCUGGGAAUAAAAACUCUGCUCAGUAUCACGAUGAUACGACAUUGUGGCUUUUCAAGGGCUGCACAGCGAGAAGGCCAUUCUGACGUUUUGUUACAAUUUGAGGAUGUUGUGGAGUAAUUUUCCUGGCAUCCUUCUGGUCACAGGAAUUCAUUACAGUAUUUUCCCCAAUAACAUCUUUAAAAAUUUGACGCAGGGCUGAUCAAUAUGAAGGGCAUAUAAAAUGUUUUUUAAAUCGUAAUAAAAAAUAAAAUCUGGCAGUAUUUAUUUUUGCUCUGUGGUUAAUUUAGUUGGUAAAAUUAGAAGAGUCUUGUUUUAAUUUAAUGGUGUAGCCACUCGCCCCAUGGGGUUUUUUAUUCCAUAUGCCCUUGUUAAAGUUAUUUAUACCACAUGUCAACUCAGAAAACCCCUCGUUGCCACCACAGUGGUUUAGAGGAAUAUGUUUUGAAAGUAAUAAAGUUAGCCAUUUAAAUUAGUUACAUUAAUGAUUAAAAUAAUGUAAAUUAAUGAAUAUAAAUAUAUGUGACUGCAGUAAGACACAACCACAAACUAUGAGGAUUUAGUUAAAUUAUUUUUUCCAACGUAAUGGUAAUCAUCCCCGCCUCUGAGCUUUUGUAACACCAGAAAUAUAGAAUUUUAAAAAGGGUGUGGAUGAGUCCAAUGUUGACCAAAAAAAUAUAAAAUUGUAACUAUGCCUUCAAGUUUUCUACCAGCGGCAGAAGGCCAAGGUCACUUGUGUGACUCUGACAUGCUGAAUAGUCCUGAUCAUAUUUAUUGUGUUUCACACUGUGCCAAAAGGACUGACGCACUAAGCAGACUUCGUAGAUGCUCAAAACAAAACUCAGAGAUCAUUUCCACAAGAUGCAUUGUGGAGUUAAGCUCCUGAUCAACUUUGCCUCGCUGUGAAAGUCAUCAUCCGCGUGGUUAAUCAUUAGAGUGAAGCGCAGACACGCCACUAUUGUCCAAUGCAGUAUUUCUUUUUAUGAGGACUCAUGUUUGAAUGUGAGCCAUAGAGCCAAAUAAUAUCAAUAAUCGAGCCACAUUUUGGCUGUGAAACCAUAAACUUAAAGUUUGGUCAGCAUUAGUUCAGUAUUCAACGCAUUCAGUAAUUUUGCAAUUGUUUGUAUGAGUCAAUGAGGUGAAAGUGUGUGAGUAGUAGUGCACCUGUCCAUCUACACGUCUGAACGCCUUUCCCACAGUGUAGCAGGGUGAAGUACAAGGGAGAGAUUUGACACUUUCGAGAGUCUUUAUUGCAAGCAGCUGCUUUAGAUUUAUUUCCCCGAACUGCACUUUUCUGGAAAAAUCAUUGUAUUGUGAUUUUUUAUUACUGUUAUGAUCCCCUAGAAGUCCCACAAUUGCCGUUCCUCUGGCACAUUGCUUCCUUUGCUUCCCUCCUCUUCCUCCCUCCAGUGCGGAGCUUGGCCACACUCGUUCACCACCCUCGUUACCUCAAAGCGCAGCUUUCCUCCUCACCUCUCUCUGUCCCCGUUCUCCUCUUACACUCGACUCAAACCACUGACCCACAGCGCCCGCUGCCUCCCCCCUCUCCCGUGAUCCACUUACUUCCAGCUGUUUUUCAUGCUGAAGAAGACAGUUGUCUAAAUGUUUACGUGAAGAGCUACUUUCUUUUUCUUUAAGCCCUGAUCAAUUUCCAAAAUGAACUUUGUGGCAUGUGUUGAAAUACAGCAAAUAAUGGGCCAAAUAUAAAAGUCUGACAUCGUUUUUGUAUUCUGAUCCUCAAGCCAAGAAAGGGCUUACAUAGGGGAGAUUAAAGACAGCAUAUCGCUGUAGAGGAAAUGCAGAAUAAUGUGAGGGGAAAUGUUCCGGGGAAAAUAUGCUCAGAAAGAUGCCAGUAAAGUAAACAUGUAUGAAAUUGCACAAUUGAGCUGGGCCUCGGCUGCGCCAGCCAAGUCAUGCGCUGAGAUGGAGGCAACAAGUAAGGGAGAAGGGUUCAGACGAGAGGAAAAGAAUCAGAAACAGAGAGAAAAAUUUUCACUACUUACAGUAAAUAACAAAGGACAACUGGUUGCAUUGUGUGUCUCUUCACCUCUUUUUUUCAAUCUUCUUUUGUUCCCCUUUUUAGGAAAUUAUGUUGAAAGGAAAUCAACAUUUUUUUUUCCCCUUUUCAUUGUUAAUUUCUGCUGGACAUUGCCAAGGUUUUUUAAUGUUCAUGUCAGCAUGCCCCCUGACAUGUCAUCCUCUUUCCAGACCUAACAAUUAUCACCCAAUCAGCACAUGACCCACAGUAGGUUCUUUGUAGUAGAAUAAGUUCUGGCUGGCCCUGUCCUCCUCCUCCUGCAUCUAUUCAGCCUGGAUCUCCGCGUCUUUCCCUAUUUUGAACACGUACGAGACAGACUAAGUGGACUGUGGCUUGAAUCUCUUUGUUUACAGUGAAGAGCGUCCGCUCCAGAAAUUUAAACUCAAAGAAAAACAAAGAGCAAGGACAAAGAAGACCAAAAAAAAGUUGUCAGGGAGAAGAUUUGAUUGUACAUUAUAUCUGUAAGCUAUACCACACACACACACACACACACACACACACACACACACACACACACACACACACACACACACACACACACACACACACACACACACACACACACACACACACACACACACACACACACACACACACACACACACACACACACACACACACACACACACACACAGCUGGAUGGCAGACUCCUGCUUCAGAUUAGGUCAGAUUUAAUUAGGCUGCCCUGCUACGUUUGGACUGUCGCUUCUUGUAGAAAAACCCAUUAUUAAAGAAAGAGCGAUUCCAAUGACGGCUUCCACCCAAAACAACCUGCGCCAAAAUGUUACAGAGCCUCAGGGUCCUCACACACCAAGGACACACAUACAAAAGCAUCUACUCUGGUUUUGGGAGUGUGUAGAAAUAAUAGAUUAUGAUCUAAUAAAGAUCACUGUGACGUUUUGAAGUGGUUUCACUCGACUGAUUGUGGUUCAAGAAAGUUCAGCAGUAACACAGAACGCCACGCAGACAGUGGUGGCUACAGAUGGAUGAAAACAUUUAUUUUUUCAUAGUGGAAAUGUGAUUUUUCAGUGGAAGACAGGAUGUUAUUUCAACAGGCACGAGGCAGGUGUGUGUGAAAUGUCCAGUGUUUCGUUUUGUGGUUUAACAAGGAUUUAUACCAUAAAAACAAUUAAAAGCAAUACAUUAAACCAAACAGUAUUUUCUUUUUUUUUUCUUUUUCUGCCUUUCAUGUCAAUAUUGAUUUUACAUUGCUUUAGUGAAAUGAAUGUAUUUAUUGCAUGUCUACAUGUUUUAUAGUUAAUUUUUGUGUAAAUUUAAAUUGUGGGUUUUUAUGAUAAUUUCACUUAAUUAUGGUGUCUUGAUAAAAUCAUGUUGAUAAGGCUUUUAUUUUUUUAAAAGCCAAUGUGAAAAAUGUCGUGUUUUGUGUUUGUUACUAUACUCAAAAUCAACUUGGCAAUAAAGUGAAUUGCAUAAAG